CCGGCGAUGGCCGCCAUGAGGGCGGUGUAUUUGCUCCGUUCCGCCGCUCCCCGCGGCCGCUGCCGGGGCCGAACCUACGUCGGGUUCACGGUGGAUCCGCGGCGGCGCCUCCGGCAGCACAACGGCGGCAGGAGCCGAGGGGGAGCGCGGAAAACCAGCGGGAGAGGGCCCUGGGAAAUGGAACUUUUCGUCCACGGCUUCCCCUCCGACGUCGCCGCCCUCAGGUUCGAGUGGGCGUGGCAACACCCAAACUCCUCCCGCUGCCUCUUGGCCCCGCCCACUCGCCGCCCUCGGGAGCAGCCAAUCAGCUUCGCCCUCCGCCUCUUGCCCCGCCUCCUUUUGGCCCCGCCCUGGUCCCGCCUCCCAUUGAGGAUCCGCUGGCUCCGCCCACCUCGCCCCACCCUGGAAUUGGCUCCGCCCCCUCACGUGGUGGAGGAGGAAGGGGCGGGGCUGCCACGACUUAAAAGGAAAAAGGGGCGGAGCCAAGAGGUGGUGGAAGAGAAUUGGGGGUGUGGCUUGUGUGGGGAGGCACAGGCCACGCCCCUUUUGCGCUGUCCCCGCCCCCUUUGCAAGAUGGCCGCCCAUCCCUCGUGCCUGGCCCGGCUCUUCCUGGCCCCGGAGCCGCUGCAGCUGCUGCCAGUGGGAGGAGCCUGUCCCAGGUGCCACACCCACCUUCUAUGGGGAGAUCUGAUUCGUCGCUGCCGGGGAGAGGCGGAGCCUGAAGAGGAAUGGGUGGAGCCUGAUGAUGUCAUCAUCCCAAGCUCCGCCCCUACAUGAAGCCAGACCCACAAUGAGUUUUUAACAUUUUUAAUUUAUUUAUUCGCAAUAAAUUUUUAAAU